AUGCGCAGAUACUGCACCGGGCUGGGCAAGCAGAACCAUGAGUUUGGAACCUUUCAGCUCUACAGCAAGGCAGACGCAAACCUCGUUUCCCCAAUCCCAGAUGAUAUGAGCUUCGAAAGCGCCUCGGUCCUACCUCUUGCAAUCGCAACAGCCGCGGUAGGCCUCUACAUGAAGCAGCAUCUCAACCUACCCUUGCCAUCCCUCAACCCGAGCCGAACGGGCAAGACGAUCCUCAUAUGGGGUGGCGCAUCUUCUGUAGGAGGCACCGCGGUGCAGCUGGCCGUCGUAUCAGGGCUCAGAGUCGUUACCACAGCUUCACAGCGCAACUUUGAUAAGGUGUUGGACCUGGGAGCUGAGGUGGUUCUGGAUUAUCACUCCGAUACCCUCGUAUACGACGCGCUCAAGGCGUUGUCUGGGGCGGAUCUUGUCGGUGUGUAUGAUGCGAUCUCGGGCCCGGAGUCGCUGAAGCCCAUUGGUGCCAUUCUGGACCAAAUUGGACCGCGAAAGGUCUGUGUUGUGUUACCAGCGGAGAGCGACUAUGGGAAGAACGUGGAGAUUAGCAUGAAGGAAGUGCAGAAUCCCGUCUGGAGAGAUUUUGUUCCGGGUGCUCUUAGGAACGGCCAGCUGAAGCCGAAGCCGGACGCGGAAGUCGUUGGCAAAGGGCUCGAGUCGAUCCAAGCCGGGCUGGAUGUGUUGAAGCAGGGCGUAUCUGCUAAGAAGUUGGUCGUCCAGCUCUGA